UUCCGCCCUCAGUGAAGAUGGCGGCGGUGGCAGUCAAGGCUUCGGCGCGGCGCUUCCUUCGCCUGACCCCGGCUUGGUCCUGCCGCUCCUGCCAAACUUGCCGGGCGGCCUCCCGGUCCUCCGCGCAGGUCCGGCAGAGCUUUAUCCGGUUCUUCCAGGAGAAGUACGGGCACCAGGUGGUGGCGUCGUCCUCCGUUCGGCCGCGGGCGGAUCCCGGGCUGCUCUUCGUCAACGCGGGGAUGAACCAGUUCAAGCCCAUUUUUCUGGGCACAGCAGAUCCCCGGAGUGAGAUGACACGUUACCAACGAGUAGUGAACAGCCAGAAGUGUGUGCGUGCGGGUGGGAAGCACAACGAUUUGGAGGAUGUGGGCCGAGACGUUUACCAUCAUACGUUCUUUGAAAUGCUGGGGAACUGGUCUUUUGGAGAUUAUUUCAAAGAAGAAGCCUGUAAAAUGGCAUGGGAGCUUUUAACAGAAGUUUAUGAAAUCCCAAAGGACCGCCUCUAUGUGACCUAUUUUGGAGGCAAUGCCACACUUGGUCUAAAUGCAGAUGAAGAGACCAGGGAAAUUUGGCUUAACCUGGGCCUGCCCCCCAGCCAUGUACUUCCCUUUGAAAUGAAAGACAAUUUCUGGGAAAUGGGUGAAAGUGGGCCCUGUGGCCCCUGCACAGAGAUCCAUUAUGAUCACAUAGGUGGUGGCAGGAAUGCAGCAGCAGUGGUGAACAAGGGCAACCCCGACGUGGUGGAGAUCUGGAAUUUGGUUUUUAUGCAAUACAACAGGGAGGCUGAUGGACGGCUGCAUCAUUUGCCUCAGCAUCACGUUGACACAGGAAUGGGCCUGGAAAGGUUGAUGACGAUUCUGCAGAAGAAGCUCUCAAAUUAUGACACUGACCUCUUCACGCCAAUCCUGGAUGCAAUCCACAAGGGCUGUGGUGGGCCCAGCUAUCAGGGCUUGGUUGGGGAGGCUGACGCUGGUUGUGUGAACAUGGCCUACAGAGUGGUGGCAGAUCACGUGCGAACCCUGUCCAUAUGCAUAGCCGAUGGUGUUUAUCCAGGCAUGUCUGGUGCCGAGGUUGUUCUGCGUCACAUCUUGCGUAGGGCUGUGCGAUUUUGCUCUGAGGUUCUCCAUGCGCCACCUGGUUUCCUGGCCAGCUUGGUUCCUGUUGUUGUAGAAAUCCUGGGAGAUGCUUAUCCAGAGCUACACAGGGAUACAGACAAGGUUAUGAAUAUUAUCAAUGAAAACGAGGCUGCAUUUUUGUCUUCCCUCUUGCGGGGACGCCGUGUCAUAAACAGAACACUGCAGCAGAUGGAUCAUUCCAAAGUCUUCCCAGUGGAGAUUGCCUGGUCUCUCUAUAGCAAUUUGGGAUUCCCCCUGGAUCUCAUUGCCUUAAUGCUUGAAGAAAAGGGGGUCCAGCUGGACAAGGCUGCUUUGGACUGUCUGGCACAGGAAGAUGCGGAACGCAAAGCUCAACCACAGCAGGAGCAGAGUGCCAGGAUGUUGCUAGAUGUGCAUUCAUUGGCUCAGUUACAACGAGAUGGUGUGCCUUCAACUGAUGAUUCUUUCAAGUAUGCUUAUGAAAUUGGGCAAGAUGGAAGAUAUGUGUUCAAGGAAUGCAAAGGUACCAUCUUGAUGUUAUACAAAGAUGGCUCUCUUCAGAAGGAAGUCAGCGGAGGAGGGCAACGCUGUGGGGUCCUCCUGGACCAAACUUGUUUCUAUGCUGAGCAGGGUGGCCAGGCACCUGAUCAAGGCUACAUGGUGUGUGGUGGGCAGCAGGACACACUUUUCCCUGUGGUGUCAGUGCACGUUUCUGCUGGUUAUGUGAUCCACGAAGUGAUUGCUUCUGAGGCCCUGAAGGUUGGAGACCAAGUACAACUCUUUGUUGAUGAGGCCCACAGGAUCGCCUGCAUGGUGAACCACACAGCCACCCACUUACUCAGUUUUGCGCUCCGCCAGGUCAUGGGAGAGAGCACAGAGCAGUGUGGGUCCCAUGUAACAGCUGAACAUCUGCGGUUUGAUGUCAGAACACAGGUCCCAGUAAAGACAGACCAUCUCCAAGAAGUGGAAAAUGUGGUCCAGGAGGUGAUAAAAAAGAAUGAAGUUGUCUGUACAGAAGAAGUUCCCCUCAAGUUGACAAGUGAUGUUCAAGGACUCAGGAAACUGGAUGACGUGUAUCCAGAUGUAGUUCGGGUGGUAUCAGUGGGAGUUCCAGUGAAGAGAGCAUUGGCUCAUGAGUCUCAAGAUGCCAUGCAUACCUCGGUGGAGCUGUGCUGUGGAACGCACCUUUUGCGAACAGGAGCUGUCCAAGACUUCACAAUCAUCUCUGAGAAACAGCUGGUCAAAGGGAUAAGCCAUAUCAUUGCACUAACUGGAGAGCAAGCCAAGAAGGCUCGGGAAGAUGGCCGGUCCUUUGCUAAGGAGGUGGAGUCUCUUACAAUGCGGGUGAAACUGGGAGGAGCCACAGUUGAUGAAGCACAGAGGCUUUCCAAGGAGGUUGGCUACCUAACAAUUUCAGUGGACAAUACUGCCAUGCCUCAGUGGCAGAAAAGAGAACUCCAGGCCACUCUGAAAGCACUGCAGAGAACUGCCAACACUGCAAUCCGAAAACUGGAAACCAAACUGGCUGUUGAGGAGGCACACAAACUGCUGGCAAAGUAUUCCAGGGAGGCAGUCAUCGUCGACACCAUCGCUGUUGAGUCACCCUCAAUCCUGAUGAAAGUUGUCAACCAACUCUGUGCAAAAAUACCGGCAGCUUCAGUGAUGUUAUUGAGUCCACAAGCUUCUGGUCAGGUGUUUUGUGCUUGCCAAGUCUCCAAGAAUUCCUUGCCCACAUUUUCUGCCUCUGACUGGGCCCUGUCUGUUUGUACUCAAAUGGGAGGCAAGUCCGGUGGUUCUGGAGUUGUAGCCAAAGGCAUGGGAAACACCACUGGUUUGCAAAGGGCCUUGGCUACAGCUCAGGAAUAUGCAAAGGAUAAAAUCUGAUCCCCUCUCCCACUUUUGUGAAGCCGGUGCAAGGAGACAAAAGCUGGAUAGUCGUUUGACUAACAUGACAAUCAUUUUUGAGUUCUGAAAGCAAUGACUGAGCUUUGUUUGCUGCUCGUUACUGUUGUGUUUCAUACUUCCAGUCUACCUUGAAUUGCACUUUCUCAAAGACCAUCAAAAUGUUAGGAUAAUCCAAAUUGUUCUGACCCAUAUGUGUAAGCAGAAGGAGUGUUGAUCUCUCCAAAAACUGAUUUCUGCACUUGAGAAUAAUCAUGUAAAAAAACCCAAAGGCAUUCAUUGCUCCACCCAAUGAGCACAAGAGGAGAUGGUAGUAGAUACUGGCACCAUGAAUCUGCCAUUCUGUGUAACCAAGCCUGCCUUGAUGUCAAAUGAAAAGAACUAUACAAUACUCCAAUGCUAGUAAUAAAGACUAAAGAGAGGGCUAUAUCUGUUUGAAGAGUUAUUUUCUUAUUCAUUUAAAUAAAAUGGGAAUGCUCUCUCUCAACUGAUCCAUUACUCAGGUCUUAAUGAGUUUAGAUAGGUAUGCAGUCAACUACAUGCAUGCACACCGCAUACAGCAACUUAUGCCCACUUUUUGACUUCACAGAUUAGGCUAAUUGAAAUUUCUGUUAUCUUGAGCUUCUGCUCUUGAAGUUUGCUUUACAUGGAUGUUAUUUUUCCAUAUGAGAUGCCUACUUUCCAUACUACAAAUUUAAAAACCAACACUGAAUUGUCAUAUUUAUUUUUCCAAAGUCUAUUGGGAUUCUUGGUCCUACACCAAGAAUGAGAAAUAUGCAGUUUCUCAUCAUAAAAAUGUCCAGUCAUUUCUCCAGAAGCCUCAAGGGGGCACAAUUUGGUAUGAAAAGGUUAUUUCAACAGCAGAUGUACAAAUGUAUAGGUUAUUAUGCUCCAGAUUGACUCCAAUUUAAAAAGCAGGCCAAUAUGGCCCUUUGGUGACUGUAGGGUACAGUCCCUAGACACUUUACAGCAGCUUCUUACCACUGCCGUAGUGCAGUUGUCUGUUCUGAUGGAAGCAGAGAUUGCAGGUAGCAGUCUUCAUCCAUGGAAGGGGGAGGAACGAAAAUACCAAUCCAUAAUUAUAGCGUUAUAAACUAGAGAGGGAUUUUGAAUUCUCAGCCAAGUCACUCCCGUGUCUCACCAAACGACAGCCUCAGGAUUCCAUAAGAUGGAACGGUGGCAAAGUGGAAUAAUAGCAUUAUUAAACUACUGAGUUGCUGAACUUGCUGACUGAAAGGUGAGCAGUUCGAAUCCAGGGAAUGGGAUGAGCUCCCACUGUUAGCCCCAGCUUUUGCCAAUCUAGCAGUUCAAAAACAUGCAAAUGUGAACGGCGCUCCAUGCAGUCAUACUGGCCACAUGACCUUGGAGGCAUUAACAGACAACGCCAGCUCUUUGGCUUAGAAAUGGAGAUGUGCCACCACCCUCCAGAGUCGAACAAGAUAACGUAACGCCAAGGGAAACCUUUACCUAAUUGUUUUGUACAAAUGGACUCGAGGUCCUUAUGUUCUCAUAAAAUCAUGUGGAUCACAAAAAUGUGCUUAUUUGGAACAUCACCUGCUCCUACUACAAAGUCUUGAUUUCUCCCUCCCAUCAGUCAAUAUGUUAAUUAAAAACAUUUUUCUUGUCAAA